AUGUUUUACCCACCUCCUUCAUGCGUGUUUAUGGUCAAAGGGCACAAGUUCCCGACUCUAUCAUUAUUGAAGGUAGCUGUUGUGGUGAAGUUCUGGGUGAUUGGAGAAACCACGCAAGUCAUCUCACGAGUUCAAGGUGGUUCUGGAUAUUGCAAGUUUGGCAGGAGUAAGAAUGAUUCACCUUCUGGACGUUCUGCUACUUUUCUGGAAUUUGGCAACAUUGAGUCACCCAUAUACGCUAGGCUUCAACAGUUCUUUGUAACCAUUUUCAACAGGAUGCAGGUUAAGCCAUCUAUGCAGCCAAUAGUGGUUUCACUUCCCCUCUGCCAUUUGAUGGUUCAUCUUUUGUCAUUUUUCUGUAUUCAAGAUACUGAAUCGGCAAAGGCAUCAAGGCGGCUGCUUAAGACUGCUAUCCUUAAUGUCUUGUUCGACAUGAAUGUUCCUGCAGUAUGUGCAGUUAAUCAGGCUGUUCUAGCUUUAUAUGCUGCACGGCAGACAUCUGGAAUUGUUGUUAACAUUGGUUUCCAAGUCAUAACCAUUGUCCCAAUUUUGAAUGGGAAGGUGAUGAGGCAGGUAGGUGUAGAAGUCAUUGGUUUUGGAGCAUUUAAACUCACGGGCUUCCUUACAGAGAAGAUGCAAGAGAACAACACUACCUUCCAAUCGCUCUACACUGUUCGUACUCUAAAAGAGAACCUGUAUUAUGUGGCUCUGGAUUAUGAAGCUGAACUUUCAAGAGACACAAAAGCUUCAGUGGAAAUUAUGGGUGAAGGAUGGUUUACUCUGUCAAAUGAGCGUUUUCAGACAGGGGAGAUAAUAUUCCAACCACGUCUUGCUGGAAUGUAA